AUUGCUUUCUGCAUGUGGGACCAACAUGGGCAAUGCAGAGUUUAAACAGUUGCAAAUGGAAGGAGGGAACAUCUCGCCUUGUUUUACAUAUUUCUCCCCGACUGGGUUGAAUUUAACAUGAAGUUGCUCCAUUGUUCACACGGCUCCCUGCCCCAUAUACAUUGACAGAAGCUACUGUUUACAUGGACUUUUCAUUCCUUCAUUGUUUGCUUAUGGAAAAUAAGGGGCGGUGACAAAGAAGAGAAGGGGAAGGGAAAGGAAGAGAAGAGAGGGGAAAGAGGGAGGCACUGACCACAGUGCAGAACCACCCAAUAACCUUGUCUUAUGUGAUCAUUAACCUUGCUGGAAAAUGCAGCUGGUAGUUCACUCUGGAGCUUGUUAUUAGAAUGUGAACACAGACACAGAUACUGCAGAGGCAUUUCAAGGAUUUUUUGAUUUGCUGCAAGUAUUAUAAAUAUUUCACCUAUUUUGUGUGACUGCAAAAUGAGAUUCCAACAGCUCCUUUAUAUCUUAUUUUUUCUCUUGAUGAGUCUACUCCUUAUCAAUGGACAGAGGCCAGCUAACCUGGCCCUGCGCAGAAAGCUGCACAGACACAACUGCUCCCACAGGCGUUGUAUGCCUCUCCACUCCAGAGUGCCGUUUCCCUGAGAAAGAAGAAUGAAAGAGGAAACCAAUCAAGAAAAUGCGAUGUGAUAGCUGCAGCAUUCUAAUCAGUGCAAGUGUCCAUGUAAAAGCCAUCACCACAUUCAGAACCUUAUCAGACUCCUCCUGGAACAACUUCACACGAGUUUCAGAUUUCUCUAAGUUGGGAAAAACAAUGGAAUCACAAAGGACCCCUUUCAGGAACUUGGGAAAAUCAAGAGUGCCAUAAAAAGAUAAGUCAUUCUUUCUACAUACCAACAAAUAGCCAUGUGGGUAACAGCAAAGCAUUGUAGCUUUGAACAUUUUCAAAUAUUAGACCAACAUUAUACCACUGAAAGAGCUAAUAUAGUUAUUAUUUACCGUUCACAUAUGUCUGUGUAUUUCUAUUUAGAUAUAAUACCUAGUAAAGAACAUGAAAAAGAAUGGUGAAAAAUAUUUAAUAGUUACAUUUUUUGGACAAAUAUAUGGGUUUUAAUGUUUAUGGUAGUACUGGAUGUUUAUAUGUAGACAUAAUUAUGCAAUUAACUUUACUAUACUCCUAAGAAAAGCAUAAUGUAUCUAUCAGAAAGUUGUAAGUGCUAAACUCUCUUAGGAAGCAAAAAUCUUCGAUCUAGAUUUUAGAAAAGAAUCCUGAAUGUCUUAGCUCUGUUUUAAGUCAUGUUGCAUACGAUAAAGACAUAGGUCAUGAUCUUUGAUGGUUAUUUAUGUUUAUAAAAUACCUAUGUGCCUGUAUAUUUUGUAAAAAACUAAUUAUGCUCUUCAAUUAAUGUCUCAUUUUUAAAUAAACUUUGUACAAUUUGUUUUUAAUUUUAUAUUCCUUAUGUGUAAAGGGUCCUGCACCCAAAGAAUUUACCUCAUUUCUUUUGUAAAUUUCAAAAGGGGUCAAUGUUAAACUUUUCCUACUCAAUUUCUGACAUACAGUUAAAUAAAAAUCAGUUAUUCACUUGAUAUUACAUUUUCAGCAGACUUUUUCCCUCAUUUUUAAUUUGCAUUCUGAAAGUAUUAAAAAUAAUUCUAGUAAUGUUGAUACAUAUAAACAACUUAUUAUGAGAUUCUUGCAUUUAACCUAUAGGACAGUAUAGUCAAAGCAUUAUACUGCAUCAUGUCCCUUGAUAUGAUAAAACAAUGUGAUUUGCGUUGGGAUGCAGACAUAAUUCCACAUCUCUAAGUCUGAAAUAAAUGUGAGUCUUUUAACUGUCCUAUAAACUACACUGGACCUUGAAAACUGACAUUGUCCUGUAAAUAAAAUGAAAUGUCAUUGCCCUGUUUUAGGGCAAGCAGCAACUCAAGCAGUAAAAGAGGUGGUCCUAUUUCCAAAUUGAGAGCAAAAGCCAAAAUCAGC